AUGCCGCCGCACCGGCCGCGCCUGGCCCGCUCCCUGCCGUGCGGCUCCUCCCUCCGCCUCCGUGCCUCGCCCCGCUCCCGCAAACCGCUGCUGCUGCUGCACUGCUCCGCCCACGCGCGCACAUCCCCACAUCACCGCGUCCCCCCCGCACUCGCCGACCACACCGCGGCCCCGCUCCUCCCUCGCGUCGCGCACACACACGCGCCUGUUCCUGUCGCCAGGCGCCGCUCUCACCGCCCCCUCCCCCCGCACCGCCCCUACUCGUUGCCUUUGCUCCGCUGCUGCCUCUGCUUUUGCCGACACCGCUCGCCGCUGCAGCCUGUGCACGCGCGCCCGUGCGUGGCCUCACUGCCGCCCGCCUUCGCCUGCAGCCCGCUCGCCCGGUUCCGCCCGCUCGCGCCCCAUUCCCCCCGGCGCCGCUGCUCCUCUCCUACGCCCGUCCGCUCGUCCCUACCUCGCUCCCGCCUCCACCCGCCUCCAUCGCCAAGCCGCCGCGUUCCGCCUCGCCGCCCCUCCCCCCGCUGCUUGCCGCCUUGGGGCUCCGCCCCUCACCAGCCUCGCCGCCACCGCCCAGCCUGCCUCGCCGCCGCCGGCCGGACCGGCCCCCGUCGCGCCGCUGGUCUCGCCCGAGGCCAGCGGCCAUGCUCGUUCCACCGGGCGCUCGUGGCCGUGCCCCUGCGCCCGAAACCCAGUGCCCGUUGA